UGUCUGUCAAUUACAUCGAAGCAAAAAAGAAAGAAACAAAAAAAAUUGUUCGAACGUUGAAUGCGAAGGUAAUUUAGUCUCCGGCGGCGAUGGCGAUACGGCUCGACUGGCUGCUCGGAGUAGCGUGGGUUGCCGGAACUCUGCCGAUACUCCUCGCUUCACUGCCCUUCUCUCGACUGAACCCCAUCCACCAACUCUUGCUGGGUUUCGCUAAAAGGGGCAAAACCCUGAAGUCGUCUUCCAAGCAGAAGUGGACGGUUCCCCAGAGAUUUUUCCUGCACUUUUACUGGUUUGGUGUGGCGUGGACUAGUUUCUUGCUGGUGAUUACUUGGAACUACGCGUCCAAGACGGCUCCGUUGGUACCCGACCCGUUGGACUACUCGUCGGCGGCGGCUCACCUGACCGGGGGCGGCUCGCGAUUGUUCUCUUGGCACAAGUCCCAUUCGGGGACCGCAAAGCACAGGUACAAGGUCUGGGUGUCGGUGUUCUUGCUGUUGCUGAUGGAGACUCAUGUGUUGAGGCGGCUUUACGAGACCAUUUAUGUCCUCAACUACAGCCCCUCGGCUCGAAUGCACAUUCUGGGCUAUCUCACUGGUCUCUUUUUCUAUGCUGCGGCUCCGCUCUCGCUCUGCCACUUUUGUGCAUUCAAGGCUCUCAACUUCGCUGUUGAUGAAGUGGUGGUGGAGCUCAAUGCUAAAACCCAACAGGACCCAUCUUUUGCUGCAAUCGGCGGCGACAACACGGAUUGGAAGGGAUUUGUGAAGCCGAUGUUGAAGCUGGGAUGGUGUCAGUGGACUGGUGCUGCCCUUUUCGCCUGGGGAUGGGUUCAUCAGCUUCGCUGCCAUAAAAUCCUGGGAUCAUUGAGAAGGAGGGACAGAGAACAAAGGGAAGAGUAUGCGAUUCCUCGUGGGGAUUGGUUUGAAUUGGUGUCAAGCCCCCACUACACUGCUGAGAUGCUAAUCUACGCAGGGCUCUUGAUUGCGAGCGGGGCUACUGACUACAUCAUGUGGUUGCUUCUUCUGUUCGUGGUGGCUAAUCUUGGAUUUGCAGCAGCAGAGACGCAGAGGUGGUACUUGCACAAGUUUGAGGCUUACCCUCGCAAUAGGCGAGCUUUUCUUCCAUUUGUAUACUAGACUGUACCAUGAUGAUUUUUCUCUCUAGUCUCUUUUUCGUAGAUCGUACAUAUACACAGACGGGGUUUGUCCUGCCAGAUUCAGAGAUUGCAAAAGAAAAAUUCAUCUGUGUUUUUGUCAUAAAUGUGUUAAGCCUUCUCUGUAUACUGACUGUUGCCUUUUAUACAUCUGACCAAAUUACCACU